AUUGUUUACUGCUAAUCUUAUAAAACAGACUACAAAAAUAGGGUAACUUACCCUAUUAGUUCCUGCAGAUAAAAACUGUAAUAUAAAAAUUGUACUUUUCAACGGUUUACGCAAUUUAUGUGGUAUCGGAAGCCCGUAAACGAAGUAGCAUAUUCCUUUGUAUUAAAUUUCACACUUACGUUACAUCUUAAAUUUCCAUCAUGAAAGAAAUCUUGGUAGAUUAAUUCACUUAAACUUAAAUUAUAUCCUUAUUAUUGUCGAAGAAACAUCACUUAUUUAACAAUUACGUUUGUCUUGAAUACGACGCAGACGCCUUAAAUGUCGUAACAGAGUGCAGCACUGUCGAACAAAUUCUACAGUUGCGAAUAAUCACGAGUGACAUUUUUAUUUAAUUACAAUCAUGGCUGACACGUUGGAAAAUAUAAAUCCGAAACUAUAUAAGAAAAUAGACGAUAGGCAGGUAACUGCUGAUGAUGAAAACGAGGAUAUCGUUGAUGAAUUUGAUUCUCGAGAAAUAUUUGACUUAAUUAGAAACAUUAAUGAUCCUGAACAUCCACUCACUUUGGAAGAAUUAAAUAUCGUUGAACAGAGUCUUAUAGAGGUGGACAACGAAAAGAAUAAAAUCAAUGUGCAGUUUACACCUACCAUUCCACAUUGUAGUAUGGUAACUCUGAUAGGUUUAUCGAUAUGUACCCAACUUUUGAGAGCAUUGCCAGCACGAUUUAAAAUCAAUGUACAAAUUAAACCUGGUACGCACAGUUCUGAAUCGGCUGUCAAUAAACAACUAGCUGACAAGGAAAGAAUUGCAGCUGCAUUGGAAAAUGGGUAUCUUGUAGAGGUUAUUAAUCAAUGUGUAUUUAUUAAGUAAAAGAACAUGUAAUGAGAACUUGUAAAUAAUAAUUGGUAAUAUUAUAUCUGGAUUCAAAAUAGAAAAUAUUUUGGUAAUCAAACAAUGUUAAACAGUCACUGUAUGUAUUAAAUACUAUAUAUUACAUGAUUUAUUUACAAUA